GUUCCAAUUCCUGCAAUUCUGCAUGUCUCAGCGCAUCGUUAUGAAGUAAGUUUGAAGUUGACUAAAUGCUACAUGAUAUCCAAUUUCUGGUACUUUCCCAGGAUUAUAAAGAGGAAGCAUGUGUAUUAGUUGAACAUGGUAGGUAGGGACUUAGGAACAGGAAGAGUCCCCUAAGAACAAUUUCUAGUAGAUGCAAAAGCACAAGGGUCUGCCUUGAAGUGCUUUUACUAGCGAAAGAGAGUUCAAUGCCUAAGGAAAUGGAUCCAAAGCUUUUAGAGGCAAUUGCAAGAAAUUACAGGCACUCCUUUAGUAGUUUAGUUCGCAAGAAAAAAGGAAUUCUUGAACGAAGAGAUCCCUCUUCGAACACCGCGUUACAUCUUGCUGCAAGAUUCGGGCAUGCCGACUUGGUGAAAGAAAUUGUUAAGUUGUGCCCUGACUUGGUUCUAUCAGAGAAUGAGAGGCAGGAGACUCCGUUACAUGAAGCAUGCCGUCAAGGGAACGCUGAGGUGAUCACCCUGCUUUUUGAGAGCAAUCCUGUGGCGGCAACCAAAUUCAACAAUGAAAACCAGAGCCCUUUCUUGCUAGCCUGCAGAAAUGGGCAUCUCAAUGUGGUGAAACUCAUGCUGAGAGAGUCCUGGUUGAUGGAAUUUGAGGAAGAUAGGGUUGACUCAACUCCUUUGCAUGUAGCCGUAUCGGGCGGACACAUAAAUAUCAUAAAUGAGCUAUUGCGAGUACGUCCGCACUUUGCUCGAAAGACUAACAAGAAAGGACUUUCUCCAUUGCAUUAUGCUUCUAGCAGAGGGCACCUGGAGACGACGAAAUUGCUUUUGAGCCAUGAUCCUGACCUUGCUUUGCAAUAUGACAUUGAUGGUCACACGCCGUUGCACCUAGCAGCGAUUAAUGGCUAUAUGACCAUUCUUGAAGCAUUUCUGUCAAGCUCUCCCACUUCCAUCGGAUAUUUGACUAGAGAUGGAGAAACAGUGUUCCAUCUGGCCAUAAGAUUUGGAAAAUAUAAUGCAUUUCUAUUUUUAGCACGGUUUUUCAAUUUUACCAAUCUUCUCCGACGGCAAGACGGAUUUGGAAACACCAUAUUGCAUCUUGCCGUCCUAAGAGAGAACUACCAAUCAGUGAAGUACAUCAUUGAUACAACUGCCGUGGACAUCAAUCAUCAGAAUCUUAAAGGAUACACGGCAUUAGAUAUCCUUGAACAUUCCGGAGUAGAUGCAGAGAACAAGCAAUUGAAGGCAUUGUUACAGAGAGCUGGAGGUAAAAGCAGCAAGGAAUUCUCACCUCUUACGCCAGAUAUUAAACAAAUCAAUCCGUCAAUGGUGACACUUGAAAACCCCAGAGAUGAAAUCCAGGAGAAAGAGCUAAAAGUUUUUCACCCUGGGCUUGAUUCAAGAAGUGUUGGUGAACAUCCCAAAGACUCCAAACCUAGCAUCGAGCCAUCAGUGCACUUGGCUACAUCAAGCACGGCACCGAACUCAACAGAGAAGUUUCUCAAGAGUCAGUUUGCAGGGUCUCUACCACAGUCCUGGAAGGAGAGAAUGGUUUUGCCAACUCAAUGGCACCAGCGAAAGCAUCUCAGUAAAUCAUGUGGACACUUGUCUGCUCUAAGUACGAUAGAAGCAUCAAGAAAGGAUUUACAUGAGCAUGGGUACGGUGAGAAAUCUAAUGUUCAGGAGGAGGGUGAGCUAUCAGAACCAGAGUCCUCAAAGGAAGAGCAGGAUAAACUAAGGAAUCUGUGGCAAUUGAAGUGUGCCAGUGAAAGACACAGGAAAGAACUAAGUAAACUUCAUAGAAGUCGCCAGCAUAAGCAAUAUGAAAUGCACAGAGAAGCAGCACUAAAUGCCCGGAACACAAUAAUACUGGUUGCCAUGUUGAUUGCUACAGUUACGUUCGCGGCAGGCAUAAACCCUCCUGGUGGUGUGUAUCAGGAGGGACCCUUGAAAGGGAAAUCAACAGUUGGAAGAACAAAAGCUUUCAAGGUCUUUAUGAUAAGCAACUAUAUCGCAUUGUUCACUUCUUUAGGCAUUGUAGUAGCUCUAGUCAGCAUCAUCCCCUUUCAAAGAAAACAGUUAAUGAGGCUAAUAUUGAUCACUCACAAGCUCUUGUGGGUAUCUUUGUCAUUCACUACGACGGCUUUCAUCUCUGGCACAUGGGUGGUUAUGCCACAAGGUCGAGAUUGUGGGUGGAUUGUGGAGUUUCUACUGGCUGCCAGUGUAGGGAGUCUUGGAAUUUUGUUCAUUUAUCUAGGAGUUGCAUUAUCUAGGCAUCGACGGAGGAAGUUGAGGUGGAGGGAAGAGAAAGAUAAAAAAAAGGAAACAGUUGUUGAUGCUGCCAUCGAAGGAAAAAACCGGUCGCAAUGCUCUAUAUUUGAUUCCAUUAGUGAAAACCAGUCAGAGCUGAGUCAAUCGACCAACUCUGAUGUCGAUAGUUCCACAUCCUUAGGAUAUCAUGCAUAUUAAAGACAGAAAUACUUCAGCAACUAUUCGUCCUUUAUAGUUCUUGGAACAGCUUUUGUCGGUCUAACUGUGAUAUUGGUUGAACACUGGUUACGGAAGUUGAAAUGGAGAAAAGAAGCUUGCAGACCUCAGAAGGGAAAGUAUAUCUUCUGUUAAUUCAGUUGUUGAGAGUUGCUACCGCCGAGGUUAUCAUUCAUUUUGAAGGCUUACACUUUCAACCCAGAAGUUUGAUUUUUCUUUUAUUCAACAUAAAUGCAUCCACAAGAAUUAAUAUACCAUGUCCACAUGGGUUGCAAGUGCUUCCCUUUCUUCCAUUCCAUGUCUGUAUUCAGUUUCUUUUUCUGGAUAGAGAUCUUCAAUUGAGCUUGUACUGAGUUCGUUUUUAAAAGGUCUUGUUUAGACUAUUUUUCUCUUUUAUGGGCACUUCUAUUCGGAGUUGAA